UAAAAUCGACUUUCUCGAUACAGUCACGAGUCCUCUCUUAAACGAGUUCUUUUUCAUCCUAUCUUUUUUAUUGUGAACGUGCUCAGUUUUUAAAACUGGUUCAAGAACUCAAUUCAUUUAAAGUCAGUCUGCUAAUAGUUUACGCUCGGUUUAUAUAAUCACCCAGCCAAAUGUAGCAACAUGUCAUCAUACUAAGCAUGUAUAUAUACACAUAAUAAAAAAUGAUCAGCACCAGUAAAUUCUAAAGCACUGUAAGGCAUUUGCAUUUAACUGUGCAGAAAGAGACAUGUCGCCUUCCUCAAAUAUAUUUCUUGACCCAUAAUCAUGGGUUAAUCCCAAUCCAGGUGACAAUCGUCUCUAAACCUGAUUAACUAAGUAAGAACGGAAAAAGAAAUAUAGAAAGGAGUGAAUACAUUUUAAAAGAUUCUAGCGCAAUAAGAGAGAAGCAACAUACCUUUUAUUAUCGGUAUUAAAUAGCUGUAUUUCAAAGCUUGGUUUUUCUUUUGAUUUUAGCUCAAUGUUUCCGUCGACACGACAAAGUCAACAAUUAUUACUUCAAAUUCGUGAAACAGUUCAAGAUUUGUUAUUAAGAAAUUUAAGCAAUUAUAAGCAACAAGGGCUUAUUUGUCAAGAUCGAGAAAAAAUUUACCAACCACACUAUGAUUAUUUAAAAAAAUAUUUCAAGUUAAAGCGUUUUCACCAACCUUGCGAUCGGCUCUUAAAAAAAUUAAAUUUGGACACUGCACAAUAUGUUGCAGAUGGCAAACUUCAAGAAGCACAUGACAUUCGAAUGGGAAUAUCAAAAACAAAAGGAAAGUUUUACUUGACAAAAGUAAAAACAAGAAAACGUCGUCCAGAUAAAUAUUCAAUUGGAAUAUCGUUCAUUAUUCAUGAAAAAUUGGACAAAAAGUAG